AAAUAACUGAUAAAAUAUUGGAAUUUUGUAUGGUAUAUUUACAUUUAUUGAAGUACCGAUGAAGUGUCAACAUGGCCGCGAUGAAAAUAUUCCCGAUUGUGAUUGCAUUGUGUCUUGGAGUAGUUAGCGCGGGAAAACAUGAUAUUUAUUCUGGCUACACAACCUAUAAAGUAUCACUCCGGGACAGAUCAGACCAGGAUAUACUUCACGACUUGGAGUUAAAGCUAGACUUAGACGUGUGGCAGCACGGCUUACCUGGAAACGUGGAUGCCAUUGUUAUGGUUUCUCCACAAAACAAGGAUGACUUUAUAAAUCAGUUAGACGAAAAUGAAAUACCGCACUCUGUACACCUUGAAGAUAUUGCUAAAGCAUUCGAGGAACAUGACGCAAAAAUGGAGUCAUGGAGAAAAACCCGAAAGGAGAGAAAGGUGUUUGAAGACUACCCACGUUAUUCUGAGGUGGACGAGUACUUAAUAAAUAUUGCAGAACAGUAUCCCGAUUUGGUGACUAUAGUCGAUGCUGGAUUAAGUUUUGAAAAUCGUUCUAUUAAGUAUCUUAAGAUAUCAACAACAAAUUUUACGGACAACAGUAAGCCAAUUUAUUUCCUGGACGCGACGAUCCACGCCCGAGAAUGGGUUACGACUCCAGUGGCGUUGUACUCCAUUUAUCGGCUGGUGGAGGACUUACGAGAUGAGGACAGGGAUCUGAGAGAGGACAUCGACUGGAUCAUACUGCCCAUAGUGAAUCCUGAUGGUUAUGAGUACACUCACACAACUGAGCGCCUAUGGCGUAGAACUAGGUCAUACUAUCCAGAAAUCAAUGAGACUUGCUACGGAGUUGACGCAAACAGGAACUUUGAUGUCAAUUUUAACACUGUGGGGAUAUCGAGCGAUCCCUGUGGUAAUACGUACCCUGGUCAUUUAGCUUUCUCCGAUCCAGAGACGAGAAUAGUUCGGGAUAUAAUGUUUGAAUAUUUGGAUCGUAUUCAGUUAUAUUUGAAUGUUCACAGUCAAGGUUAUUUAAUAUUGUAUGGUUAUGGAAAUCUUACUUUACCGGAAAAUUCUAUACAGAUAUUCCACGUUGGAUCAACUAUGGGAGCUGCCAUAGAUGCUCACAAAUUACCUGAGGCAGGAUUCUAUAGAGUAGGAAACAGUGCGAUGCUUCUUUAUACCUCUUCUGGUAGCGCUCAAGAUUAUGGUCAGGCCGUAGGUAUACCUUUUUCAUAUACCUUGGAGCUGCCAGGAUAUGGAUUCGGACAUCAAGUACCACCAGAGUAUAUCAACCAGAUCAACUUUGAAACCUGGGAAGGGAUUGCAGCCAGCGCUCGACUCUCCAAACUAUAUUACGAGGCUAGAACAAAAACUAAUGUAUGAAAGCAAACUUUGUAAUUUUAAUAAGUAAUUAAUACUUUGUUAAUUUAACAAUUCAAAAUUAGUAUUUAAUUUUAUGCUUUGUUAUAGUUGAAAUAAAAUUAAUUUUCAAUCACCAAUAAAAAGGGAUAAGGUUUUCAAA